CAGAGAGGAGACGUAGAGGGUUGGAAGGGGCAGGAGGAGGGUGGGCGUAGUAGUUAGGACCACCCGGGCCACAGCUCUGCCCCUGUCCUCCCUCCACGCCCACGUGCCCCUCCCUGUGACACAUCUUCCUCCUCCCACCAUGGGCCCACCCAGGCCUGGCCUCCCUGACAGCUGGUCCGCGUGGGUGAUCAUCCCACUCUCUGGCCUCUGAGUUCUGCAUCCCCCUCAUCUCCAAGGACUUUGCCCCCACAUGGCAGAUGCCCUCCUCCCAGGGCCCCACACUGGGCCUGGUCACCACCCAAAUCCAUCCUCCUGGGCCCAUGGUCCCCAUCCUGCCAGCACCCCACUCACACCUGCCUCUCCCUGUAUCAAGAACACUGAGCCCUUGCCCCAGCCUCCCUACCUCUGUCUUCACAUUCUCCCCUCCAGCCUGGAUGCCAGGGACCAUCACUUGGGCUAUCCCCUGGCCCAGGAGCCCUUCCAGCCCCAAAUGGUGGAAGCUCUGCCUGAAGGCCAAUUAGCGUCUCUACACUUGAACCUACCACUGCCCAAGACCACUGCAGAUUCGCCAUCCCUGACUGCAGCUGGACCCUCACACCGCAGGCCAGCCGCGCUGCUGCCGCCUGGCCCCCUUCCUCCCCAGAAGUCACAGUUCUUUGAAGAAUCGUCUUCCCUGGCUGUGUCCACCUCCUCACCUCCCACUGACUUCUCAACCCACAGAAAAUCUGGCUUCUGCUCCCACCACACUCCACAAAAAUCCCUCUCCGAGGUCACUGCCACCAUCCCUGUCAUGACAUCCACUGAACGCUGCACGGAGUCCCUGGGGCUCUUUCUAGCUGAGCCUUGUCUUCACACACGGCCCUGGGGUGGCUCUCACAGUUGAGGUGCCCCCAGCACAUUUCUCCUCGGAGCGGACCCGCAGUUGGCUGCUUGCUAGACCCUCCUACAGUGUCGCACAAGCACCCGAACUCUACCUGCCAUCUGAAACGCAUUCCCCCCUGGUCCCAAUCCAGCUUUCCAUCUGGGAUCAAUGACACCCCCAUCCAAUGGUGCUCUGGCCAAAGACUCUCGGGCCUCCUCUCCUCUUUCCUUCCCUCCCCCACCAUAGCCACUCUCUAAACCUCAGUCUGAGACGUGGCACAGUGGCACCACCGCCCUCAGGGAUCAAGCCCAGCCUCCCGAGCCACCUUCCCCCGACCUGGAGCCCUAGGCUCAUCCUUAUUCAGUUCCUCACACACCCUGGGCUAUUUCUCUCCACCUGCAGUCUCUGCCUUCACUGGCCCCUCUGCCACAGACACCCCCACUUCUACACCUGCAUGCGCCCCACCUUUCCCUGGCUUCAGCUCAUCUUUCUGGUCCCUGCUGUAGAGACCUUCCCUCUUCCAGGCUGGAGGUGGCCACCUCUUCAGCCCCUGCAGCUUCCCAUGCAUUGGAUAUCCGAGUCACAUCACGCUGUUUAGGGCUCACUGUCCACUUGUCCCCCCCACUUCACGUUAGAUCACAAGCACCCCGAGGUAGCUAAGGCAGGUCUUGCUCAUCCUGCAAACUCAAAGCCCAGCAAGUCGGGACACAGCAAGAACUCACCACGUGUGGACAAGCUGGGAGGAGCGGACCCCCUGGAGACACCAUGGCCCACUGGUGCUGGUGCAGAUGCCGGCCUCCAGCUCUAGAGAUUGAGCCAGUGAGGGUACCAGAGCCCCCAACCACAGGGGUGCAGGGGAGAGAGGUGCUGUGUCAGGGAGGGGGGCCCCAGUCUGACAUCCCCCUGGGCAGAGUCAUGAAGGCACCAGGCUUUCCUAACUUAGCGUGGCUAAUCUUGGUCCCAGGAACCUGCUGCAGGCCAAGACACGGCCGCCCUGCAGAGAGGGAGGCACAGACCACCUAGCCUUCAGAGAGCUCAUGCGGGGGCCAGACAGGAGGGAAUUUGGUGAGCAGUGGAGCUGCUGGGCAUGGUGGGGUUCCCGGAGAAGUGGGAGCCUUCCCUUGUGGUCCCUGGCAUGCCAAUACCCAGGCUCUGGCCACUUGAGAAGGCCAAACAGACAAGAUCUAGGCUAAGGGUCCAGGCCUCCUCCCCACCCCC